CUCACUCUCAGUUGAACAAACACCCGCACAUGAUUUCCAAACCAUCAGCUCUAGAUGAAUGUGAGAGUUUGACAGAUGGCUGCAAAUACAGUGAAAGAGUCAAAAACAAACGGCGAAGUCGUGCUGGGCUUCUUGGAGGAGGCAGAAUCAUGGCAGCUUCUAAGUAACCAGUUUCCAAGUAAAGUCGGCGGGCGACCAGCGUGGUUGAGCCAGGCGGAUUUACCAGCCGUGUCUGAGUUGCAGUGCGAGGAGUGUAAACUGCCAGCGGUGUUUCUUCUGCAGGUUUACGCGCCAGUCACUGAAUAUGAUCGAUGUUUUCACAGGACACUGUUUGUGUUCUGCUGCAAGACACCAACCUGCUAUACUCGAAACGACAGCAAGUGUUUUAAAGUGUUCAGAAGUCAAUUACCGAGGAAAAAUGAGUUUUACCCUUUUAAUCCUCCUCCUGACGAGAAGCCAGAACAGCCAGUACAUGAUGCUCAGGUUUUGUGUUCUGGACUCAAACUGUGCAGGCUGUGUGGUUGUCUGGGACAGAAAGCCUGCUCUCGAUGUCACUCUGUCACAUACUGCUGUAAAGAGCAUCAGACCACAGACUGGAAACACAGACACAAGAAAGAGUGCUCAGCUGAGGCUUCUCAAACUUUAGGGGAGUUUAAUUCAUUUCUGUUUCCUGAGUGGGAGCUGGUCACCGAACCCGAGGAGCUUCCAGCUAAAGAUGAACUCCAGGAAUCCCCCAGUCUGGAUCAGGAGAGCAUUGCAUCUUUAAAUAGCGGUUUGGAGGACAGCGAGCUGGAGAGUAUGGCACUUCAUGAAACAUUAGACUCCAAAGUCUUUCAGAAGUUCAAGCAGCGCAUUGCUAAUGAGCCACAACAGGUUUUGCGGUAUUGUAGAGGGGGAUCUCCUCUUUGGGUGACAGCUGAACAUGUGCCACAUGAAGAGGAAGUUCCAGCGUGUACAUGUGGCGCAAAACGGCUCUUUGAAUUCCAGAUAAUGCCCCAGUUACUUAAUCACCUGAAAGUGGACAGUACAGAUGCCAGCAUAGACUGGGGGAUGGUGGCCAUCUACACCUGUGCUGACAGCUGCGAUCAAGGCAACAAAUAUUCCCUGGAGUUCAUCUGGAAACAAGACUUUUCAGGAGAUCAAGCGAAGUAGAACUAUUCAUUUACACAGACUUUGUAUUAAAGAUAUAUGGUGAAUCAAAAUGAUUGAUUCCUUCGUAGUUUAGGUCUUAAACUUGCAUUAAAAUAUCCAUCGUCAUGAAGAAUUUCCACAGAUUUUGGUUUAGCGCCAAUCAAAAAUUUGGGUUAAGACUUUGUUCAACCUGAUUUUCUCUGAGAUGCAUUCAAUUGAUCAAAUUACAGUAAAACAUUUACAUUGUUACAAUAAUUCUUUAGAAUAUUUCAUUCACCAAUAAAUUCUAAAAAAUUUAAUGAAUUAAAAAAAUAUUAUUUCAACCAAUACAGCUGAAUCAGCACAUUGAUUUUUGAGGAAAAUAAUGACUGCUGACUCUAAAUAUAUGUUUACAUAGUUUCCUUUCGAGUAUUGCAUUAAGUGAAGUUUCAUAAACUAAUUUUGAGAUUGAGCACGACUGGCUGCUCUUCUGUAUUCAGUAAUAAUCCAAUCAGGUUGAUCCUAGUUUACAAUAAAUGGAUCGUUUUCUACCUAUUGCUCUUUGUUUUGGAAGAAUCCCCCCUUCCACCCCAUCUCCUCCUUUUACUCCCUUUUCCAAGGGGUAGCUCUCGAGACCUCCCUGAUCUCGGAUCUCCUUAUAUGCUUAUUGACUGGGUGGGAGCCUUGGGCUCAAGUAUUUCUGAGCUCAGGGUUCUCUCCCGGGAGAGCAUGCCAAACCUGCUAUAAACGUUAAGCAUAUAUAAGUGGGAACUCUUG